AUGGUGGGCACAUCCAACCACAGCGACGCAGCUAUGCGCAGCUCCGCUGUCACCACCGUCAUCAUCAUCGCCAUGGACCGCACAGCCGACACCACACCCGGCCGACACCAGCUCCAAUCUGGCGUGAGGAACACAUUGCACAUGUCAGUCGCUCUGACGAAGAGCGUUGAGGAGGCGCAUGAAGCGGUGGAACUAACGACGAUGACGAUGACGAGUGAUGAAGGUGAGAGGGCGACUGAGAUGGUCAUGCAUCCCGCUUCCAUCCAACCAACCAAGCAGCCAAGCGAGCGAGCAAAGGACACGGCGUGGCAAGGGGCCGUUUGUUUUCACCGUUUCCACCACCAGCAGCAGCAACAACAGCUGAUGUGUGGCUGCAUUGUGGAUGAACGGGCCAUCUGUCUAUCGUCCAUCUCCACCUCCCUCGUCGUCGUCACUGGUCACCAACAGCAGCGGCUGCUGCCAUGGAUCCUGAUUGAUGUGAUGUGCGUCGAUGUGCCGUCGCCUCGCGCGACGACGAUGAUGGUGGUGGUGACCCUCAUGACACGACCAGAGCGAUACACGCACACACGAAUGUGCCAGAAAAGAAGGCGCAAGCCUUCACCAUGCGAUGUGGUGCUGUUGAGGCGUGAUCGAGACAGCGGCCAACACAG